AUGCCUCUCUGCGGUGGAUCCAAGACGGUGCAGCGCAAGCUGGUUCUUCUGGGCGAUGGUGCCAGUGGAAAGACUUCGCUGCUCAACGUCUUCACGAGAGGAUACUUCCCGACCGUAUACGAGCCUACCGUCUUCGAAAACUACGUUCAUGACAUCUUCGUCGACAACGUGCAUAUCGAGCUCUCGCUCUGGGAUACAGCUGGUCAAGAAGAAUUCGACCGUUUGCGAUCGCUCUCCUACGAUGACACCGAUUUGAUUGUGCUCUGUUACUCGGUCGAUAGCAAAGACUCGCUAGAAAACGUCGAAUCCAAAUGGGUCGGAGAGAUUGCUGACAACUGCCCCGGCGUCAAGCUGGUUCUCAUCGCCCUCAAGUGCGAUCUCCGCCAGACGGGCGACGAGGAGCCUGAAGAGGCCGACGCAGCAGCCGCAGCAGACGGCAACGCACAGCGCGAGAAGCCCCCGACUAUUUCCUACGACGAGGGCCUCGAGGUCGCCAAGCGAAUAGGCGCAUCCCGCUAUCUCGAAUGCUCGGCCAUGAAGAACCGCGGUGUCAACGAGGCUUUCACAGAGGCCGCCCGAGUAGCGCUAAGCGUCAAGAAGGAGAGGGAAGACAACAAAUGCACACUCAUGUAA